AUGGCUCUAGGUUUUAAAAUCUGUUUACUAACUUUAAGCUUAGUUUUGCUGAAACUAUUAGUUGCGGUAAAUGCUCAGGGCACUACCAUAGGUGAUAAAUAUUAUCGUGUUAUUACUUUGGAAAAAGUCAAUUGGUAUCGGGCCUAUCAACUAUGUGCGGCAGCGAAUAUGAAAUUGGCCUCCAUUGAAUCGGAAAGUGAUCUGACGGCUUUGAAAGAAUUUUUAUUUGCGAAUUCUCUUCUCUUCAACAACUAUUGGUUAUCGGGCAAUAAUUUGGCCAGUCGUAGUGAAUAUGUGUGGCUUUAUAGUGGCAAUAAAUUCUCUUACACCAAUUGGGCUAAUAAUCAACCGGGUAAUCUGGCAAAUCGUUGUACACGUACCGGUGCUGACUUAAAAUGGUCUGCAGAUGCCUGUACUAGUGCCCAUUAUUAUAUCUGUUCGAGGCCAGUUGUACCGGAUUGUGGUGUAAACGGGGGCUGUAGUUCAAGCUAUAAUUUGUCCUAUUAGUGAUUUUGUUUUCUUUAAAAAUUUUAUGAA